AUGGAGGAAAGGAAUGAAAUGGAUAGGAUUGAUGAUAUGCCCGGUUUUCGUUUUCACCCCACAGAUGAGGAGCUUGUAGAAUUUUACCUGAAGAGAAAAAUUCAGCAGAAGUCUCUUCCUAUUGAACUCAUUAAGCAAGUGGAUAUUUACAAAUAUGAUCCAUGGGACCUUCCAAAGCUGGCUGGUACUGGAGAGAAAGAGUGGUAUUUCUACUGUCCAAGGGAUAGAAAAUACAGGAACAGUGCACGUCCUAAUAGAGUCACAAGAGCUGGGUUUUGGAAGGCCACUGGAACUGAUAGGCCUAUAUACUCCUCUGAAGGAAGGUGCAUUGGUUUGAAGAAAUCCCUUGUGUUCUACAGAGGUAGAGCUGCCAAAGGGAUGAAAACUGAUUGGAUGAUGCAUGAGUUUAGGCUACCUUGCAUUUCAGGCUCAGCCUCUCCCAAAAAAGUCCCGGACAAAAGCCUCCCUUCAAGUGAUUCAUGGGCAAUCUGUAGGAUAUUCAAGAAGACCAACUCCUUGUCCAUGGCACAGAAAGCAUUAUCUCACCCUUGGAUUUCUCAGUUACCUGGAAGCAUGGUAUCUGACAUACUCACACAUGGUGCAAACUGCCACCAGCUAGGAUCAUCAGCCAUUCAAUUUUGCGGUGACAAGCAAGAGUUACACCAAGUCUCCAAUGCCAACACCACCAACAACUUCUCAGCUUCAGAUAUUCCCUCUUACAAACCAAUCAGUAUCAGCACAGUUUGCAAGCCAUCACAAAUUCCUGUCUCAGAUGGAGACCUUGCUGACAACUUUAUAUUCUACGCAUUAGAAGCAACUGGCCCCACCAAAAGCACACUUGAUGCUAGUUCCAUGCUUUCUUCCAACCCUGACUAUAUAGGAUUUGAAGAGCCAAACCAACAAUAUAGUAGUGGCUUCUCAAUUAGUCUACCUCAUGAUAUGCAACCAAACAUGAACAUAGAGACAGGAACAGAAGAACAAGAUUGGAGGAAAAACCAAGUUCAAGAACAGCUUAAUCAGUGGGAAACAGCUAGUAGAACAAUUGGAUUUCCCUUCAACGUGCCUCCUACUGUGGCAUGGGACUCACCCCUUUGCCCCAGUGAGAUUUCCACUACCUAUUCCACUAAUAAAUGUUACACUUAA